AUGAAUAAGUCUAACUAUUAAUACUAUACAAAUGAUUCUAAUGAACUACUCAGAAGAGAUAGGUAAAAAGAAUAUAACAAAUUAUUAGAGACUUUAUGAUACAUUAAUAAAAAUUAGAAGAAAUAAAACGAUCCAAAAGUGCUAUUGGAUAUAGUAGAAGUAAAACAAUAAGGUUGCCAAAAUCAACAAAUAUUAAAGAUGAAUUGAUAUAGGCUGAUAUUUAUCAUAGAAAUUAAUUACUAGCCUCUAAUUUAGCAAGAAUACAUUCAAGACCAUUCUAACUCCCUCAAAAAUCACAAAAUUUUUAAGCUUUGUUAAAAUUUUCUUAAUCGAAAGAAAAAGCCAAGGAACAGACCUUCAAAAUAUUAGAUGAAAAUAUCAAUUUAUGCAAAAGAAUAUUAGAUUAACAAAGUUAGAUAGAUUUUAAAUAGAAGUUAUAAGAAUAUAAACAACAUAAAAAGAUAAAAAUAAGACUCUUAAAAGUUAAAAGAUAGUUUGAAUAAUAAGAAAAAUUAGCUGUAGAUUAGAGAUUUAAAUCAAAGUCUUUUAGUUAAGUAUAGAUGAAUAAAAUUUGA